AGACGUGCGUCGAGCCUGAAGGUCGGAGUGCUGCGUGUGCGUGUGUCUGAUACACUGUAGGCUACUGACGCGGCAUCAGCUUGAGGAAGGCAUUUCUCUUUACCCCGACAAACCUUCAGGGGGCUUUUAGCAUUUGUUCAGUCUGCAGUCUCUGGAAAACAUCUGAUUCAUUUUUUAACCAGUCCCAGAUGCGCCAGCGUGAGAGUGUGUGCAUGAGCGCGGCAGUGUGAGUUUGUCAGUGCAAGAGAAAUUUGGGAGAAUAUCUGCUGUCUGCAGAAGGGGAGGGAAAGAAGAACCGUGUGGAUUUUUUUUUUAAUAUAACUUUUUAGGUAUGAACGCAGAUACGUGCGUCUCAUACUGCGACAUGACAUCGAUGGAUUCAUAUUAUAGCACAUCUACUGCGCAAAGUAGAGAUCACCAAGCGAACGCUUUCAGGACUUUCCCAACCACUGAAACAAAAUACAGCCCCACGUUCAUUCCGGGUAAAGGGCAGGCUUACGGAGAGAAGUCCAGGAGUCCUUUCCAGCCGGACUGCCAGUCAUUGGAUGGCGCUGAGGAGAGCACCUUCAACAAAUACCAGAUCUUCAUGCAGCGACCGACCUGCAAAACUCCCCCAGAAGGCAGCAAGCUGCACCCGGACAGCGCACACAAUGGGACGCUCAUUUCCUGCUAUGGAAAAGACAGCAGCAGCCUGACAGAGUCUGAAUUGUCCCAGAGUGUUGACCCUCCUGGGAUGGAAGGCAGCUACCUGAACCUAAAGGAAACUGGCGUGAAGGGGCAGAGUGACCGCCCGGGGUCGGACCUUUCUAGCCCCCUGGAAAAAAGCGAGGCCGAGAGCAACAAAGGCAAGAAGAGGCGCAAUCGCACAACAUUCACCAGCUACCAGCUGGAGGAGCUGGAGAAAGUUUUCCAGAAGACACACUACCCAGACGUAUAUGCCCGUGAGCAGCUGGCGCUCAGGACAGACCUGACAGAGGCUCGCGUACAGGUGUGGUUCCAAAACCGCAGAGCAAAGUGGAGGAAGAGAGAGCGUUUUGGCCAGAUGCAACAGGUCCGCACGCACUUCUCUACUGCUUAUGAGCUGCCGUUACUCACUCGGCCCGAGAACUAUGCACAGAUUCAGAACCCUUCGUGGAUAGGGAGCAGCAGUGGAGCGUCGCCCGUGCCCGGCUGCGUCGUGCCUUGUGACUCUGUGCCCUCCUGCAUGCCCCCUCACCAUCACGGUCCUGGAGGUGUCUCUGACUUCCUGGGUGUACCCAGUCCAGGAAGCAGCCACAUGGGACAGACACAUAUGGGCAGCCUGUUUGGGGGCGCUGGGAUCGGUGGGGGAAUCAAUGGCUAUGAUCUCAAUGUUGAUCCAGACCGCAAGUCCUCCAGCAUAGCUGCGCUGCGUAUGAAGGCCAAGGAACACAGUGCAGCCAUCUCCUGGGCUACAUGAUGUUCCAGCCCAGUCCCAACCUGCCCCUGCAAGGCCCCCGCCCUGGAGCAGCCAUCAGCAAGCACUAUCGGGGGAGAAGGAGGUUGCCGUAAGAGCACUAAUGAUAACACAGGUCAAAUGAACAGGGAGAGACUGUGGAGAUAACAGAGGCCACUACAGCGGCCAAUGCAACCAAGACAACUGUGUCUAUGACAAUCAGCAGAUGCUGAAAGUGAGAGAAAAACGGAGGUGACUUAGAUGAGAAUAUCACCUAGAUGUUCAUCCUUGAUUCCUUGAUCUCUCAGGUCAUGCAAUAUGGUGUUUACACCAAAAUAAACUGAUUAAGAAUAAGCAAACACAAACAUGGUAUUAUAAAUAUAGUCUGUAAAGGGGUGCUAUAUCCUCAUUUAAAGAACUGAUCUUGAUUCACAUCAUUUGCCUUCUUUAUUCUGUCUUUUAUAACAGCCAUCCUACCACACACAUGGCUCAGGCCACUCUAGCCUCGUCUGUGAUACUGCAUAAAUCAGUAUGUUUCUGACCAAUUUUUGCAUUUUGUAAGCUAUUUUUAAAAAAAGGAAACAAAGAAAUUAAUUUACUAGUAUGCUAUUUCCCAGCAAAGGGGAGGCAGAGUAAGUGAACAGGGUCUAACUGAGUGAGAGCAGACAUGGCCUGCCAAUUGAUUCUGGGUGGAGGGCAGGGACUGGAUUGGCAGCAGUUUCAAAUGAAGUUGUCAUUUCCCACCCAGGGCUGCCUCCGCAGGUUCAGCAAAUAGACUCAGGCUUCAAGUUACAGGAAAUGCUGUCUCCACUGGCAGACAAGGCACAGGAAUGCACAGCAGCAACCUUCAACACCAGCUUACCACGCCAGCUUUAAUCAGAAACCAGCGGGAAUAGACACAGCUAAUUAGCCUCAAAGUGAGCCUCUCUACCCUGUGAACAUAGCAAUACACCACAGUGUUCAUGGUGAGGACAUACUGCACACACACAGAAGUGAUCAGUUCAUCAUUAGACGUGGACUCAGCAGGGAUUUAGGCUGGAUUCAUAGCUUGGUAACAGAAUCCUAUACAUGCCAGAGACUGCAGGCCAAAUCAGUGGGCCUAAUUGUCCCAAAGAGCAUUCUGUAAUGUUUGGUCAGUGUGAUGACAUUAGAGCUGGACUACAGGAAUGUGGUGAACAUGUCCAGUGAUUGUAGGGGUAUCUGUGUGUGUUACCCUGCCGGAAUAAGCUUGUCACCAGAGCUGGGCUCCAGGCCGAGGCUAGAGACAGGCUUCAUUAGCCUUUUGGCUGAUCUCUCUAUGACGCAUGCUGGGCUACAUAUCGGUUUUCUUUUCUCCUGUGUGGAUGAUGGCAAGAAACCCAAUGUGACGUCUUGAACUGUCUCGUUGCCCCGAACCCAAAGAUAUUCAGUUUAUGGUAACAUAAGAUAAAGUUAAACAUCAAUUUGACGGUUUGUUUGGCAUUUUUGCUUGAAAAAUGACUUCAUCGAUGAAGUGUAUAUGAUUAGUUGUUGAGUCAUUUUGACCCACUGCUGCAGUUACAUCUGAGAAUUCAGUGACAUUAAAACACCACUUUUAAAGGUGAUAUGUGUCUAUUCAAAUUUCAGAACCACUAAAUGUCGCAUUGUAGCACCAGUAUUUCAAACCAAAACAAAACAGGCCCACUGGCUACAACUUCCCCCUCAAUUCAUAUUUCAAUUACAUUUAGAAAGGUACAGAAAAGCCAACAACAAUAACUGGCCUACAUUUGGAUUGUGAAAUUUACUGCAUAGUGGCCGUGAGCCCACCAUGGUGAUGAAAGUUUCUAUUGCUGUUCUGCUUUUCUUCUCUGCUGUGGCUGAGGUGGUAGAACACGUUUUCAAAGUUGUGUUGAACUUUGCCUGGGCAAGACGCAAAACGCACAUUGAUUUCAAUGACAAGCCAGCACCUUGCGAGGCUCUGUGCUCUGAGUCGUUGUUUACUGUUCAAUCAAGAUCAGAAAGUGCUUCGUGGAACUUAAUCAUAGAGGCUUAGUUUACCAGACUGGCCUAGUCCUGGACUAAAACCUUUUUUGUUAAUGGGAUCCUUGUCAAAGUUUUCUUUUAGUCUGGGACUAGACUUAAUUCAAGUCUGGGAAACUGGCUGUAAAAGUGCUCCAUAAAUGCAAUCCAUUUACCAUUCCUCUGCUCUCUGUUUCACCAUGUGUACACUGUGGAGGAAACAAAUAUGAGCACAACAGAGCAAAACAGCAGAAGAGGCAUUCAAAAUAACUUGAAAUGACAGGAUUGCACAUAAAAUAGGUGAAUAAAAUGCUUACAGAAGGACUCACAUGCACUGACAUGUUGAAAAUCUCCCAUUUAGAACUUUUAUGAUGAAACAAAAGAUCCAAAAGUUUACCUUGUAAAAUUAGAAAUGUGUGCUUUGUCAAGUUGACCAUGUGUUGCUGGUACUCCCUCAGUGCUCCACCCCUCUGCAGCUCCGUCCAUGUUGAUACUACUGAAAUAAAACGAUUGAAAUCCAUGAUUAUAAUGUCAUAUUGUGUGAAUGUGAGCAAUAUAAAUAAUAUUUUUCUUUUGCUUGUACAUUUGUUUCGCUUAUUUUCCAAAUAAUGGACCACAAGAGAUAAGCCAAUGAAGUAUUACCGUAAUAUUGCCAAGAAAUGUAAUGUUAUGUUCUGCAUUAUUCUGAAGAGUAGCCUUGGAACAAAGGUUGAAAUUGCUCUCUAAUUUUUUUUAUGGCUUUAAGCAGGUUUCUUUUGUAUAUUAAUCAAGUAUUUUCACUUAUGAUUGUGCCAAUACAAUAAGUUAUUGCACUUAGAUUGUUGGAGUCUUUUUUUUUUUUAUCAUUUUUUUGACAUCAACUGGGACAGUUUCUUUCCUAAAGUCAGGGGUUGCUUGGCUUUUUGUUCUGGCAGAAAAAGAAGAAAACAGGAAAAAAAACCCAAAAAAACACCCUAAGCCCGUCCAUAUUUAGCACUGCUCAUGUGCUGUAUUUUUGUACAGAAGUAACUUGCUGUUUCUAUUAAUGAUGGUUUCAAAAUGAUUUUGAAAUAAACUGAUCUC